AUGUCUCCUAUAGUUGGUAUUGCAUUCGGUAACACCACGUCUUCUAUCGCGUAUGUUAAUCCCAAGAACGACGUUGAUGUGAUCGCCAACCCUGACGGUGAGCGUACCAUCCCAUCUGUUUUGUCAUACGUUGGUGAAGACGAAUACCAUGGUGGCCAAGCUCUUCAACAGCUUGUCAGAAACCCCAAGAACACGAUCAUCAACUUUCGUGACUUUUUGGGCCUGCCAUUCGCUGAAUGUGACGCUUCCAGAAGUACCACCGGCGCUCCUUUGGUGGAAAUCGACGGUAAAGCUGGCUUUGUCAUCACUAGAGGUGACGGCAGACAGGAGAAGCUGACUGUGGACGAAGUCGUCUCCAGACAUUUGAACAAAUUGAAGCUAGCCGCAGAAGACUACAUCGGUGAAAAGCUCUCUGAGACUGUUAUUAGCGCCCCAACCAAUUUCACCGACGCUCAGAAAGACGCGCUUCGUGCCUCCGCCAAGAAGAUAGGCCUAGAGGUUAUUCAGAUCAUCAACGAACCUUCAGCUGCUUUGUUGGCCCACUCAGAAGCUUUUCCUUUGAAAGACGACUGCAACGUGGUUGUUGCCGACUUUGGUGGUGUGAGAUCCGACAGCGCUGUCAUUGCUGUCCGCAACGGUAUCUACACGUUGUUGGCUACUGCCCAUGACUCCAAUCUCGGCGGUGAGAACCUAGAUGAAGAACUAGUUGAGUUUUACGCUAAGGACUUCCAAAAGAAGACUCAAUCCAACCCAAGAAAAAACGCUAAGUCUAUGGCUAAACUAAGGGCCAACGCCGAGCUAACCAAAAAGACUCUGUCUAACGUUACCACGGCUACGAUCUCUAUCGACUCAUUGGCCGAUGGUUUCGAUUAUCACACAUCUAUCAACAGACUAAGAUACGAGCUAGUUGCCAAUAAGGUUAUCAGCAGAUUCACUCAAUUUAUCGAGGACGUCAUUAGCAAGGCUGAAUUGGAUCCUCUGGACAUUGAUGCCGUCGUUCUAUGCGGUGGUUCUUCCUUCACCCCUAAGUUGAGCUCUAACCUGGAAUUCGUGCUUCCAGAAUCAGUGGCCAUUUUGGGCCCACAAACCAAAGAAGCUAGCAACAAUCCUAACGAGCUUUUGGCCUGUGGUGCAGCUCUUCAAGCCCAACUUCUCUCAAACUACGAUGCCGACGAAUUGGCUCAAGCUUUGGAGCCUGUUGUUAUCAACACUCAACAUCUAAAGAAGGCUAUUGGUCUUGUGGAUGCCAAGGGUAACUUCGUUCCAGUGCUGAUGGCUGAAACUUCUUUCCCAGCAAAGAAGACCAUCACCUUGAAGAAAGCCACCGGAGAUCUUUUGAUUGGCGUUUACGAGGGUGACCACCAUAUCAAGGAAACCGUUGCCGAGCCUGCCGCCAAGGAUGAGGAAGAUGACCAGAGCGACUGGUCGGAUGAGGACGAUGAGCCUGAAGUUGUAAGAGAGAAGCUUUACACUUUGGGCACGAAACUCAUGGAACUAGGCGUUAAGGGUGCCAACGGUUUGGAGUUGUCUUUCAACCUCAACGACGCUGGUGUUUUGAGAGUCGCGGCCAGAGAUCUAAAAUCUGGACAGGUUGUGAAAGGUGAAUUGUAA